AUGCUGAUAAAUGCAUACAUGGAUAUUAAGAGAAAACAUAUAAAUUUCGUGUUUAAAAAUGUGAAUUCUUCGGUAAAAGAUUACAAUUUCAAAAGACCAUACUUUGCGGAAAGGUGCCCACUUUCGAAAUUUUCAAACCAUGAAGGCGUUAAGGUAAAAAGUAGUAACCUGCCCUUGAGCGCAAAGAUGCAAUUAAGCCAAUUUAAGACGCCUAAAUUAAGAAGGUGCGAAUUCGAGAAGGCUAGUGAAAAGAUAAUUCACACAAUAAAUAGCUACUUAAAAGGGGAUACAAUAAUCAGGGCUAACCGAAUUGAUAACCGCAACUACGCGCAUGUCGUGAUGCGUAACGGUACCGACAGGGCAGGCGUAAACCCACGCAAGUUCACCACUGGAACCGCAACAACGCAGGGACAUUUAAUCACUAAAGAAAAUUCAAGCAGUUUUAUCAGCCUACGGGAGAAGAACAGAUAUUUCCAAAUUGAAGUGCGCAAAGGCAUGCACACGGGGGGAAACCAGAACAAUGGGAAGAGCUGCGAGAAAACCGACAGUUUUAGUUCAACCACGAACCAAACCACCGUAGAAAAAAGCGGUGAAAGCGCAAAGCCAAACGCGCACUUUCCACAUCAUAAUAAGAACAGUGAUGUAGCCAACGCGAAGAACAGAAACAACACAAUGGAUCUAUCCACCAGUGAAAAGGCAGAUAACAUUCAUAGUAGCGCAAAAAAUGGGAAACUCCCAAAGGGAAUUUUAUCCCGUUCCACCAGUAGAAUGUCACAGAUAAUGAACAACUUAUUCGAAAAACACCUCCUAUUAAUGAACAGCCUAAUAGCGAGUACAUUAUAUUUCAUAGCGGACAUAGCCUGCCAAAUGAUGGAAUUACAUAAAAAGGAUAAUGAAUACGAUUUUUCAAGAACUAUUAGAAUGGCCACUAUUGGAUUAACGCUAGAGGGGCCAAUCAUGACAUGGUGGUAUGGGAAAAUUUUAGCAAAUUUUAUAAAGUCCAAACCGAACACUUUUUUGUACAAAUCUUUUAUACCUACCUUGUUUGAUAAUUUUAUUUUUGGACCUAUCCACUUAACAAUUUUUUUUUUUUAUAAUGGUAUGUUAAAAAAUCAGAAGAAAUCCGAAAUUAUUGACAAAAUUGUGAAUACUGGGAUGAAGGUUUUCUUCAUUUCUUUGAUGACAUGGACACCAUUAACUUUAAUUAAUUUUGUUUUUGUUCCGAGGAUUUAUCAAGCCACAGUGGUUUUUUUUGCUGACUUUUUUUGGGUCAUCUUCCUCUCGUGGUGCGCCAAUAAAAGUUGA